AUGACUUUAAUCACGUUAACAAUUUUAUAUGUAGUAUUACUGGUGAAAGAUUCUUUACAAAAGGAAAUUAUAGAUAGUCGUUCACCCUCAGGGGGUGUAAUGAUUAAUGGAUAUAGUCAUAAACCUGGGAUAUUUUACUUCCUAAAUGAGGAGUUAAGGUGGAGAGACAAUGAUUUACCUUUUUUAAAUUAUAUAUGGAACGUGAUUGCAAACUCCUUUGUAAAUUUACUAAAUUAUACAGAUCUGUCUGAAGAAGGCUUAUUAAUUACUUAUAGCAAUGAAAUUAUGAAUUUAGCAACAAGGACUGAGGUAAUGAACGAUAUUUAUAAGAAAUUUCUCCUUAAUAAAGGGUCUGUAGAUGAACUAAUUAUAUAUGAACAAGAAUUUAAGCCUAUGUACAAGAGAUAUCGUGAUGAGAUCACCUUAAGUCCCCUAAUUUCUAUUGCAGCACAUACUUUAGCACCAAUUAAUGCUGAAAAUUAUAAUUUACCAAUUUAUCCAGAUGAGACUUUAGAUCCAACUUUACGUAAAUUCAAAAUGGAAUUAGCAAUGAAUACUUGGUCAGCAGAAUUUCAAGAAUUUUCAGAAUAUUUCAAAGUAAUGAUUCCAAGAUUAUUGUCUUUGUGUAGAAAGAUUGAUAACCGUUUAAAAAAUAUGUGUAGAAAGACUACCAUUAUUGGGAAAGAUUAUUUAUUGGAAUUGAUAAGGGUACAGAAUUUUUUUUUGCAAUUACUAAAAGAUCCUAAUAUAUCUAAUAUUAGAAAAUUUAAUAAUAAGGAGAUUUUCACUUUUUAUAAUUCAGCGAAGAAAUUAAGAAGUGACUUGUUGGUUUUUCUUCCAUAUCAGAUAACUAUUAGAAAAGUAGAUCCAAUUAAAGCUGAUGCCUUGGGAAUUCCUAUGUUUAUAGGGUCCAAUUAUAACAGACUGGAUCCAGUAUCUAAAGCUUUUUAUGAUAACUUAGCUUUCGAAAAAUUAAAAGUUGACUCUAUUUGA